AAUCUCAACCACUUUGUCACCGGGUGGAUUGACUGGAACUUGGCCCUGGACAUGAAAGGGGGACCCAACUGGGUGGACAACACCGUGGAUAGCCCCAUCAUCGUGAACCCCCUCAAAGAUGAAUUCUACAAACAGCCCAUGUUCUAUCACCUGGCACAUUUCAGCAAAUUCAUCCCGGAAGGCUCCGUGCGAGUCGCUCUCACUUCCAACUGCUUGUUCGACAGCUGUCAGUUAAAGACUUCAGCUUUCCUGAGACCCGAUGGCACCGCGGUGGUUGUGGUGCUGAACGAUUGGUUUGUCGAUAUUUCUUUCACUAUCUCGGACGAUCAGGUGGGUUCCAUUAAGGAUUCGGCGAGAGCUUACUCCAUCCAAACCUACCUGUGGAGGAGGCCCCUUUGAGGUCCUGAGGCGGGGAAGGAAGAGC